GGCACAUGUGACAUUUAACCGGAAGUAAAUAAACUGCCUUCCCGCGCAGUCAAAUCGGUUCAACAAGACGUCCACAUUCACGGAUAAUCAAACAAUAUGGACGAGCUUUAUUUGGAUAACAUUGACGAAUUCGUUAACGACCACAACAAGAUAGUGACUUAUAAAUGGCUGAGUCUCACUCUCGGAGUCCAUGUCAACACAGCGAAACAAAUGCUUUACCAUUACUUGGAUCACAAGAGGAAGGAAAGUUCACCUCAGCUCCAUGCCACCUAUCUUGUGUCGGGGAAGUUUGUAGACAAUGGCCAAAUGAGUCACAAGGUGUCUGUUGUCAAAGAGGACCAGUUGGAAGAUUUCAAAUCCAAGAUGAGCUUGGUAGUAAGUGUCCACGUCUACAGUGUCCAGAAAGCUUUACUGAAAGACAGCGGUCCCCUGUACAGCGUUGACUAUGAUGCUGUGAAAGACAAUCUGAAGAACUGCAGCAGAUACAGUGCGAUCCGCUGUGCCAGUGCAGUGCCCAUGUCCUCUCUGGAGCUGCAGCAGGCGAGAGAAAUCCAUCGAGCUCCUACACCAGAGCCUGAAAACAAAAAACCUGGCAUGAAUGGAGAGGCUAAUCUGGCGUCAAAACCUUCCACAAAGCCGCAGAAAGGCAUCAUGGGAAUGUUUGCAAAUAAGACUGCUCCUAAGAACCAGGACAGUGGCAAAGACAUUAAGUCGGAGCAGAAGGAGGAUGCACCUGUGGUUGAUGCCCCCAAAAGCAAACCAGCCGCAAAAUCCAAUCCAAUGAUGAACUUCUUUGGGAGUCAAGCAGCAAAGAAACCAAACAAAACUGUGAAGGAGGAGGAAGCAGCUCAGUCACCAUCCUCAGCAGAGCAGCGACAUCAGAGUUCACAGCUUGAAGAAAAACAAGAAGCUGCUGCAGUGGAGCUGCCGAGAGACACUAAGAAAGACUCCAGGAGCAAGAACAAGCGAAUAGAGGAUUCUGACAGCGAGGAGGAGAAAAUGGAGAAGAAAAAGAGACGAAGGAUUAAGAAGCCUGAACCAGACAGCAGCGAUGAAGAUGUUAUUCCAGAUUCUCCACAGCAGAUGGAAACAAGAGAACCAUCACCAAGUCCUAAGGAGGUCAAGUCUGUUUCACAUUUACAUCAGGGGCACUCGGAAAUUAAGACGAGGAAGAGGAGACGAGUGCUGAAAUCUCUUACCUUUUUAGAUGAUGAAGGAUGCAUGGUGACAGAGAAAGGCUAUGAGAGUGAAUCGUACUCUGAAACAGAAGAUGAUGUUCAGGCCACCAAACAAGCCCCAAAAGAUCCCAUUUCUGCAAAACUACCAGCAAGUCACAAAGAGGAUCAGAAGAGAAGUCAGAAGAAAACUUCUGCAAAUGCAAAUAAAGGAAAUAAACAAGCUUCCAUUAUGGGAUUUUUCCAAAAGAAAUGAUGGAGGACAGCUCCGGACACUUUUUUCGUGGGAAUGAGGAACAACAAGCACUGCUGCAGUGAUCUUUUGGUAAAACGGGCAGCUGAAACACGUCACAUGGACAAUUGAGGAAUGCAAAUCACUUCUCCAAAGGACUUGAACUUCAUCAACAUGUCCGAUUCAGGAUGACAAACAUUUUACUUUUCACCUAACCAUUGCCAGCUGUGAAUACAUGUCGUACUCAAUAAAUAUUAAAAACUGAAA